AAAAUAAACACAUGUUAUAUUUUGCCGCAAUAAUUGCUAAUUCAUUAAAAUUGGUACAUGUUUUUAUGGAUUAUACCAAAGCGCUAACAACGGUUUUUUUUUUUUAGCUGCCCUAGUUAGUAUCUAUUUAGGUAAGAAGUUUGCCACAGAAUGGAAUCAAGGAGCUCCGCCCAACACGCGACGAGUGGGACGGCGAUUAUAAAAAAAAGAGGUCUCGCUGGCAAUCGAGCUAGCAGGUUAGAGGUACGCCUUCCUCCACCCAACUCCUACCGCCUCACACCCAAGAUCCGAUUCCAGUUGAAGCCAGUUCUUAACAUACUUCAGGAGAAGACGAAUCAACUCUUCGAAAAGAUAAUAGAAUACGACUUCGACGAUUUUGCCGUCCUCUGUAGAUACUUGAACAUAGAACUGUUGAGAGCUGUCAAUGCUCUUUAUUGGCCUUCUUACAAGAUUGUAAUCGUGAUCCAAUGCAUCGAGAAGGCGGACAAUUCGUCCCGUGGAACCGUGAGGUAUUACUGGAAUCCCAUGUUUGACGGACUCGCCAUUCACAAAUACGAAGCAGACAACUACUAUAUUUUAGUGUCGGCAGCAUUUUUUUAUUAUGAAUAAAUAAUAUUGGUUAAAU